AUGACGGAUCCUGGACUAGCCCCCAAGUGGAGCUGUGCCCUGCGGCCGGAGGAGACAGAUGACGAGUGCCCCGAGGAGCUGCCGGGCCUGCUGUCAGACGAGUGCCCCGAGGAGACUGAGGACUUGUGGACUACAGAGCCCUACGCCCAGACUGUGGCGCCCAGUGACGGGGGAGCUGUGGUGGAGGACGCGCCAGCCCCAGAAAGCCAGCGCCUCUCUGCUAAGGUAGAGCUGCAGCUCCACCGUGGCACCGCAGCUCAGGCGCAGGGCCCCACGCCCUCCGCCCCGGUGAGAGGUGGGCAGACGGGCCCAGAGAGCCGAAGGGACGUGCCGUGGCCACGGGCCCCUGGGUGCUGGGGCCAGCGACUGCCUGGGGUACCUGACCGCUCCGAACCACUUGGCCGGGAACAGCACCGCGGGGGCCCACGCGACCCAGCCAGACCCCCAGCACCUCCUGAUCGGCGCCACCACCAGCUGGACAUCGUCGCCUACCUGUGGGCCCUCAUUUGGCUGCUGGCCCUCCUGAGCUCGGCGCCCCUCACCGUGGUCUACGGGAAGGCGUCAGCCUGCAUCCUGGACUACACCUCCACCCGCCGGGAGAAGAGUGUCUUCCUCUCCACCGUCUGCGAGAUGCUGGAGCCCGAGCCGUACGUCAUCUACAAGAGCAUCAUCGAAGCGUGCAGUGUCCUCUGCUUCCUGCUCCUCCUGGCCGCCAUCGUCACCUUCCACCUCCUCAUCUUCCGCCACCUCAGCCGGACCCGCUGGCAGCGGGAGGAGAUGGGCCUGACCCACCCCUGCUCAGGGGGCUUCUCCGGGCAGGUCCGCCAGCCCCCCGGGAGCCUGCCUCCGUCGGAGAAGAAGGCCCAGCACCUCAUGGGUGCUGUGGUGGCUGCGUUUUUCUUUUGCAACUUCCCCGACACGGCGUCAUCCCUGAUGCACAUUUACAUUCACAGCUGGAGCACCAGCGUCCUGGUGCUCUACACCUGGCUGAAGACCUACCUCUCACUGCCUCUCUGGUACCUCAACAGUGCCCUGGACCCCCUCCUCUUCUGCAUCUCCUCAGCCUCCUUCCGCAACGCCUGCCACGAGAGCCUCCCCCCACUCCUGCCCUGGAUCAGUAAGAAACUGCAAGGCUCCUGUGUCAGGUCGGGAGGGCAAGUGCCCAGGACUGGAAGAUCUUUGUGGACCUUAAAUUCCAUGAAAGGGGAGCAAAGCAAAUCCUCCAGAGAUUCUCAGCCCAGUGAGCCACAGCUCCUUUCCUGUGGGAAGAGAGCGGGCCCAAGAGCCUCGCCCAGUGCAAACCCAGCCUGUGCACAAUAGAGAAAGCCAUGCAUUAUUCACAAUGUCCUGGCACAAUUGUGUGAGAGAUACCCUGGUGCACAUGCAUUCGUGCUUGCACACUUUCCCCUCCUCCCGGGUGCUAGGGGACCAAGUGGAGGCUUACUGCAGCAGGGAUUGCAGCUGGUGUAACAGCUGACUAGCUAGCAGUUCCGCUGUUCCGUUGUUGCUCUUGUGUGGAAGUCUGUUGCUGAGUUGUUUGUGGCGUGUUUGCUGUUGUGAGGCGUUUCGGUCACUAUUGUGGUGCAUGGCUCAGUCUGUGUGACACAGUGUAGGCUUUAGAGUAGCAGCCGUGUUAGUCUGUAUCUGCAAAAAGAACAGGAGGACUUGUGGCACCUUAGAGACUAACCAAUUUAUUUGAGCAUAAGCUUUCAUGAAAGCUUAUGCUCAAAUAAAUUGGUUAGUCUCUAAGGUGCCACAAGUCCUCCUGUUCUUAGUGUAGGCUUUGUACCUGCUUGAAAUCUAGUUGUGUAUUCUCUUCGUGCUGGGCAGGCUAAUAUUUUGGAGGGCUAUUGCAACAGGAGAUAGGAACAGGUGGAGGGCAAUGGCUCCCUCCUUCUCCAGUUAGGGUUUCCCCCAACCUCAGUUUGAUCAGGUUUCCUUUGUUCCAAGAAUGGAUGCAAGAUACUGAUACGAAUCCCAAAAUCCUUUGGGACAUGGAGUCAACUCCCCAAAAUACCACAGAAUCCCAGAGCAAACCCUGAGCUCCUUAUGGUGCUAUCUCCCGGUCCUUACUCAGACACAACUCCCACUGGAGCCUGGAGCUGGUAUUUCUAUGAAGGAGAGAAUGGAUCCCAAAGCCAAAACCCUGGGUAUACAAUGGCAAGCUGGGCCUGGAGUCUCUGGCAUGGUCCCUGGAUUCUGCAUGGCUGUGAGGCAGCAGUUGGGAAAUUUGGCAGGAGCUUAAUUUUAAUUAAAAAGAGAGUUUUUAAAUUAAAUCUGAAAGUGCACAAUCCAAUCAGCAGUGUCCUCUGAGUUAUUCUGAUAUUACAUUCCAUUUAUCUGAUGCUGUCCCACACUUUAGAUGUUGGUAGUGAAAAUAAGUAACUCAUUGGAGUGGCCAAGGGAGCUGCAUGUGCAUUUGAGAGAGACACACAAACACUGGGGCUUUUGGCAUGAGGGUAGUAAGGAGGCAGCUGGAGAUGGUGAGACUGCACAUUAGCUAAAAGAGCGGCAGUGAAAUAGUUAAACAUAUUGACAUUUAAAUACUCUUUGGCAUUAACACCCCAUGUGAUGAUGGAGCAGCCCACCUUUCUCGGAGCCAGUCUUUCAGGCUGCCUGCUGCUUCUUGACCAAAACACUGCUUCACUUCACCUGGCCCAUGUUUUCAAGGUUACCUGUACAACCAGAAGAGACCUUGAAGCAUCAUUGUUGGAAAUGCAGGCUGAGAUUGAGGAACACAGUUCUGUGGCAGGGAUGGAUUCUGUGGCAAAUCCCAUGGGCACAGAAUACAAGGUCAUAUCCACAAGACAGAAUACAAGGUCAUAUCCACUGUGAAUUUUUUUUUUUUUUUUUUUUUUGCUUACUAUUUUAGCUGACUCGGGUCAGAAGUUAGACUUCAAUGGGGGUUUCCCUGAGUGAGGACUGAGAAAAAAGGCAAGAUCUUAUCAGGAUCUGGCCUCAUAAAAGAGUUGUGUCUGUCUGUAUUGAAGGCUGUACAUCAGAAUACCAGCUUCUUGUUGCGUGUCACGCUUCUGCUUCAGCAGCCCCAAAUCAGGUUUGUUUCUUUCUGGCAUAAUGCAUUGCAAACUGCUGCUUAAUUCUCUGCCCACUCUCCUCAUUCACUGUCUUCCUCAUCCAUCUGGUCCUUACUCCUAGGUUUCUCUUUCCCAGAUGGUUUUAUUUUCCCAGAUGCAUCAGCUGCAUUUAUCCAAGUUGAAUCUCAUCUGUAAUUCCCUGCCAAUAUUUCUAACAUACGUAACCUUUUGUAUAAUUUCUCUGUCCUCCUGGCGGAUGCAGCUUCUCUCAGUUUUGCAUCAUCUGAAGAUUUUGUCGCGACCUGCUCCCUUUUUCAGCUCAUUUAAUAAAUAAGAAAAGAUAAGACCUACCACCCCACCACGAAGCACCUCACCAGACCCACCUCCAAGUCAGUCCAUAUGCCAUGGUCAUUUUAUGGCUCUAUUAUUGUUAGUUAUUUGUCAAGCAGUUUCUAGUCUAUGUGACCAUGCUCCUAUCCAAGACAGCUGGAAUUCUAUCGUUUAAUAUGAUUUUGUGAAUCACCGUAUCCGGUGCUUUAUUAAGGCCAGAAACCUGCUGUGUUCUUUGUCCAAAGAUGGUCAAUUCUGUCAAAAAAAAACCAACCCAGGUUUUUGACAUGACUUGCUCUUCCUACACCUCCAGUGUUGUUUAUUGCUCAUGUUCUGUCAGGCUCCAGGAGCCCGGUUUGUAAAGGUGGUGAGGUUUUAUGGAUCACUGAAUCCAGCUGGUGAUGUGGGUGCUCAGCACCUCUGAAAAUCAGGCCUUAAAUGUUGCAAGCCAGAUUAUCCCCCUGAAAACUGCAUAGCAGGGUCUCUCCACAUGCAGACCUCUGCCUGCUUAGGUGGACGUUUGUAUGUGUGUUGUCUCUGUGGCACGUUCCUCCCUUUCCCCUGCACAGGAGCUGUGCAAGUUGGGAGGGAGUGGAUUCUGG